ACACAAAUAUUUUGUCUGGAGUUAUAAAUAUGAAUCAUACCCAAAAUAAUGAAAUCAUGAAACUAGAUCUAUUCUGAUGUGAUUAAAAAAAGCAUUAUGAAAUAUAUUUGAAAACAAUAAGUGCUCCAGUAAAAUAUUUGUAUUUUGUCGAACUGUGACUAUUGGCGAAUUGUAUCCAAGAUCCAAGUCAUGAAUGCGGAGACCUUCGUGUAUUCUCCGGAUGUGGGAUCACUGUCCUCGGGGGAACAAGGCAUUCCAGAGGAAACGAUGCCGAGUUGGUACUGUUUUGGUGCUCCGUCCUCCGUAUCUUCAAGGUCAGCAUACAUGAGGGGUCCGCCGGAGUCUCCUGCGCAUGCGUCUCGCCCAACGUCCCCUGCGCAGAUCAUGGUGUCGGCGUCAUACCCAUCGAAGUCCCAGAUCCUGCAUUUCAGCCCAGACACCACUCGCAGCUUCACCUCCUGCAAGAUGUCUGGCAGUCUUCCCACAGGCUCGCUUUGAAUUUGACCCCAUCCGGCCAGCGUCAAGGUUGUGCCUACGAAGCUGCUCUUCAUCAUUUCAACGGAAGUCGGAAGGCAAAUCGGCUGUACAUAGGC